UCUACAAAGUGCAGAGAAAAAACCCCAUUAACCUUUCUAAGAAAGUGUAGAGAUCUCGUUUAGUAGAAACUGUACACUUUGCAAAUGGGUGGAGGAGUAGCAGCAGAUGAUCUCUCAAGCGAUCUUGCAGAGGAUGGUUCUGUUUUUGAGGUUCCUUGUGAUUCAGGUUUUCAGCAAAAACCUGCAGCACCAGUAGCAGAUGGUUUCUUAACUGAUCCUACUGAAUCUCUCCCAGAGGAUAAACCGGUUUUGGAGGUUGCUUUGACAGAGCUGCCAAUGGUCGCAGAAUCUUUGCCAGAGGAUGGUUCUGGUUUGGAGGUUACUUGUGAUUUACGUUUGGAGCAUAAACCUGCAAGAACCCUACUUUUGGUUGGACGUUCUGGUAAUGGGAAAAGCGCGACAGGGAAUAGCAUUCUUGGAAGAAAAGCCUUCAAGUCAAAAGGCCGUGCAUCAGGGGUGACUACAGCCUGCGAGCUACAGAGUUCAACGCUACCCAAUGGCCAGAUCAUUAACGUUAUUGAUACUCCUGGUCUGUUUAGUCUGUCGCCAUCAACCGAGUUUACGUGCAGAGAGAUUCUGAGGUGCUUCUCUCUGACCAAAGAAGGGAUUGAUGCGGUGCUUCUUGUGUUCUCCUUGAAGAACCGGCUCACAGAAGAGGAGAAAUCUGCGCUUUUUGCAUUAAAGAUCCUUUUCGGAAGCAAGAUUGUAGACUACAUGAUUGUUGUUUUUACAAAUGAAGAUUCCCUUGAGGAUGAUGGUGAUACAUUUGAGGAAUAUUUGGAAGACUCUCCUGAUUUCAAGGAAAUUCUCGAGCCAUGCAAUGAUCGCAAGGUGUUGUUUAGAAAUAGGUCUAAUGCCCCUGUGAGUCAGAAAGCUAAGCAAGUUCAGGAGCUUCUUAACUAUGUUGAAGAAAUUGCAAGGUUGAAUGGAAAAUCGUAUAUGGCUGAUUUAUCUCACGAGAUAAGGGAAAAUGAGACUGCAUUCCAGAUAAAGCAGCAGGAGAUUCUAGAGAUGAAGGGCUUGUACACAAGACAAGAGAUGCUUCAAAUGAAGAAAGAUAUGGAGAAGUCUUUUGAAAAUCAGCAGCUCAGGCAAAUGAUGGAGAGGGUGGAGACUGAGCUGAGAGAGACAAAAGAGAGGCUAGAGCAGCAGCUGAAAGAAGAGAAAUCUGCUAGACUUGAAUUGGAGAAAAGAGCAAAAGAAGUCGAGAAACGGUCAAGUGAUGUAGUAAAGGAGCUGAACGAUGAGCAAGCUAAAAGACUUGAAUCGGAGAGUAGAGCAAAGGAAGCUGUGAAACAGUCGAAUGGUGUAGUUGAAAACCUGAAUAAGGAACUGGCAAGGAUAAAACAAAUGGCCACGGAUCUUCAAAAAUCCAAGCAGUGGUGCAUCAUUAUGUGACUGAUAUAGUUGAAAGACCAAAUUUGAUGCUGGAUCAAUGGAGUGAUUAAUGUUUAUUCUCGUCUAGAUGUUGUUGGUUUCUUGUUACUUUAUUUGACAGAUAAUUUUUUAUUUCAAGU